AGUGCCAAAGUGACUGCAGCUUCCUGGGAUCCAAAAAGAAGCGGAGCAGGUCAGGCGGACAGGAGAGCUGCUGACUGUUUAACCACACAGAGGCGCAGAGAGGAACCCGGGCGGUGCGGACCUCCGAGCAAUGGCGCUGUUUUUACUCGGAGGACGUUUCUUGAAACGUAGAACUGACCUGAAAACAGCCAUGACGGCGAUUCAGCAGCACUGCUCCUCAGUGGCCUCAGGCAGGCAGCAUGUUAAUGGAGUGGAUCUGUACUACGAGCAGACGGGCAGGGGGAAACACGCUGUGCUGUUGAUUCCUGGUGCUCUGGGAAGCACUCGGACUGAUUUCGGACCUCAGCUGAAGUCCCUGAAUAAAGAGCGCUUCACCGUAGUUGGCUGGGACCCCCGUGGUUAUGGACAAUCCCGCCCCCCAGACAGAGACUUCCCGGUUGACUUCUUUGAGAGGGACGCAAAGGACGCUGUGGAUCUGAUGAAGUCUUUGGGCUUUGGCAAGUUCUCUCUGCUGGGGUGGAGCGAUGGAGGAAUCACAGCUCUAAUUGCUGCAGCAAAGAACCCCGACCUGAUCAGCAAGAUGGUUGUAUGGGGAUCCAACGCCUUCGUUUCCCCGGACGACCUCACACUUUACGAGGCGGUUCGUGACGUCUCCAAGUGGAGUGCGAGGAUGAGGCAGCCCAUGGAGGAGGUGUAUGGAGCACAAGUCUUUGCUAAAACCUGGGAGGGCUGGGUCGAUGGGAUCACACAGUUUGCAAAAAGACCAGAAGGGAGUAUCUGCAUGGAGCUUCUGCCCUCAAUCAGCUGCCCGUCCCUCAUCAUCCAUGGGGAGAAAGACCCAAUGGUGCCCAGCCUCCACCCACAGUACCUCCUUAAAAACAUCAAGGGCUCAAGAUUACACCUGAUGCCAGAGGGCAAACACAAUCUCCACCUGAGGUAUGCAGAUGAAUUCAACAGACUGGUUGAAGACUUUCUGGAAGAAUGAGUGAAUAAUUAACACAUUCAAAUAACAUGGUGAAGAACCACUGUGAAACACUGACACUAAGAGACUUAAUUUAGUUUAUCUUGUACUCUGUUUUCAUGAGGAUCAACUGUUAACUGCUUUCACAAUGUAAUUAAAAUUAUUUUUAUGUAGUAAA